AUGGCUCCGAUAGCGGACAGCCGCCAGCAGUUCGAUGAAAUUCCUACAGUGGUUGGGAUAUUUAGUGCAUUUGGCCUUGUCUUCUCUGUCUCCCUCUUUGCUUGGAUCUGCUGCCAACGCAAAUCUUCCAAGUCCAAUAAGACCCCUCCAUACAAGUUUGUCCAUGUUCUGAAGGGGGUUGAUAUUUACCCUGAGAAUCUCAACAGCAAGAAGAAGUUUGGAGCAGAUGAUAAAAGUGAAGCAAAGAACAAAUCAGCAAUGCCAAAGAACUCUCUCCAUCUUGACCUGGAGAAGAGAGAUCUAAAUGGCAAUUUCCCCAAAACAACCACAAAAACGCAGGGCUCUCCAGAUCUUGAAAAUUCAUCUCCUAAGCAUUUUGCAGAAAGGAAGAAAGAUUCAGUAUCCCCUGAUAGCUUAAAAUCCAUCACUUCUCUGUCAUCUGAAGACAAACAAGACAAGCUAGGAACUCUCUUUUUCUCCUUAGAGUACAACUUUGAGAAAAAAGCAUUUGUAGUGAACAUCAAAGAAGCUCGUGGGCUGCCAGCAAUGGAUGAACAGUCAAUGACUUCUGAUCCCUACAUCAAAAUGACAAUCCUGCCUGAGAAAAAGCACAAGGUGAAAACCAGAGUGCUCAGAAAAACCUUAGAUCCAGCUUUCGAUGAGACUUUCACAUUUUAUGGGAUCCCCUACAGCCAAAUUCAAGACUUAACGCUUCACUUCAUGAUCUUGAGCUUUGACAGAUUUUCCAGAGAUGAUGUCAUUGGAGAAGUCCUCAUCCCCCUUGCUGGAAUUGAACUCUCAGAAGGAAGGCUGCUAAUGGACAGAGAGAUCAUCAAAAGAAAUGUUAGGAAAUCAUCUGGUCGUGGAGAAUUACUGGUCUCUCUCUGUUAUCAAUCUACAACAAACACACUCACUGUCGUUGUUCUAAAAGCCAGGCAUCUACCUAAAUCUGAUGUGUCAGGAUUAUCAGACCCUUAUGUCAAAGUGAACCUGUACCAUGCCAAGAAGAGAAUUUCUAAAAAGAAAACACAUGUGAAGAAGUGCACCCCCAAUGCAGUGUUCAAUGAAUUGUUUGUCUUUGACAUUCCUUGCGAGGGCCUUGAUGAUAUCAGCAUUGAAUUUCUGGUUUUAGAUUCAGAUAGGGGGUCAAGGAAUGAGGUCAUUGGACGGUUAACCUUGGGAUCUUCAGCAGAAGGAACAGGUGGAGAGCACUGGAAAGAAAUUUGUGAAUAUCCUAGGAGACAAAUUGCCAAAUGGCAUAUGUUAUGUGAUGGCUAG